GAUUUAAACUAACAGGCUGCAAAACUGGCGGCGUUUCACUAGUGCAGGUUUUAAAUUCAGUGUCGUUGAUGCCGGCGCUGCUGGAGUUUAGCGCCUAAAGGGUUAUAAAGCAAGAGUUUUGAUCUGUUAACCGUAUCACGGACGUAAGGAAUCCAUAAAGUUUAGUAUUUAUGCUUCACCAUAGAAGGGAGACCAUGAAAUGCCCUCAGUAUGAGUCUGCCGACAUGGAGAACACAGCGGACAGCAAGGUGUCCCACCUUAAAGCGUCCGUCCUGAAACAGCAGACCCCUGUCAAAGCCCCGCUUCCCGCAGUGUUUUCCUCCAGUGCGGUCCACAACAAGGAGAACAGCACCAACAGGGACCAUGACAGAGUUCUGGAGGAGUGCUUUGAGGACAGCGGUUAUCUGUCUCUGCAGAACAGUCACAGUGAACCUCACGGGGAUGAAGAGGAUCCAGGUUUUCUGGGGAAACUGGCAUCACCCUCUAAAUGUAAAGGAGAGCAUCAAUUCAAGCACCCUCUAUCUUUGGCGGUUUCCACCCCGAAGGAUCAUUUUAAGAGGACGGCGUUGUCGUCCACCCCGGCCAGUGAUCGCCGUGGCCCCAACCUGCCCAUCCUGAAGUUCCAGGAAGCUAUGUGCGAAGAGCUGUCAAAGACUUUCAAGAAGAAUAAAAAGUUCGACUGGAGCAUCAUGUCAAAGCUGGCGGACGGUCACCUUCUGGAUCGCGUGAUUGGGCGCCAGAUGGGCUUGGAGCACGUUGACGUGUUUGCGUCUCUGCUGUCCAGGAAUAUGAAGAUCAUUUUAACAAAUAUCUUGGCCCUCCUGGGUGACAUGGACCUCAUUAGUUGUAAGAAAGUGAGCAGGACGUGGAGGAAAAUCAUCUGUGAAGAUGCUGCAGCGAACACCAGGUGCCAGGAAGCUGAAGACAAACUCUGGGAGUCGACAAACUCCCUGAACCUCAAAGCUUGUGGUCUGACGAGAGACGUUGCCACGUCUAGGGUGGUGCUAUCCUGCAUGCAGACUCUAGCUACCUCAAACACUCAGUCUUCAGCCUCCUCGCUGUCCGGUCAAAGCUGCAGGACGUCCAGAACCGCCGCCAUCAGUCAGAAAUGCGGCGUGCCGAAAACACUGCGUACACGCUUCAGUGAAUAUGUCCAGGCCGCCGGCGCUCUCAAGAACCACGAGUCUCUGCGGCAGUGCCGGCGCUGCGGCUCCCCGGCGAAGCAUCUGUCCGAGUUGCACCGUGCCACGUGCACUCGCUCCAGCUGCCAGUACGACUUCUGCACCCGCUGUCAGGAGACCUACCACGGCUCCACCCCCUGCAGGACCGUCCAACCGCGAUCCAGAUCCACCCCCGUUUUAACCGGAAGCUCUCGGGACAAAAGGAGCAUCAGGCGCUUGUGACCCGUAUUUAAACUAGAGACUGAAUCGCCGCUUUUAUGUGGUGAACGCCACUUUGGGCUGUGAGGCACGAGAAGAUCCUACUAAUGUAAAGCUCAAUCCCACUGGAGAAGCACUUAGAUUCCUGCUGGGACAGUCCACCCCAACGUGCCUUAAAUGGAAUUUGCUACAAAAAAAGAGAAUUUUAGGCUUUAACAAUUUUUCAUGUUUUUAAAAGGAAAGUAUGUAAAUACGGUGUUUCUUUUUAAAGUUUUAGAAUAUAUUUUAAUAAAUGUCAAGUUUAUGUCUUGUUUCGUUUUACCUUGUUUACAAAUACAAUUUUCAUAAAA